UUUCUUUCUCGUAUGUUCUUUCUGCUGAUACUCAGUGUGAUCAGAAAGUCAGACUCUGUUUUGAUUCCGUCUGAACGUGACAUCAGCCGCGGGGUUGGCCGAUCGUCUGAGCUGUUUUGUGCGAGAAUUCUGUUUUUCUUCAACUCUUCUUCUCCUGCUUGGCAAGGCCUGAGGUCUGAAUUGUCGUUUUUAUUUCCCACGCCACUAGAUAUUGUCUAGUUGGAUAUCCCUUGUUACAGUGAGGGUUUUCUCCCAUAACACCGGCAACCUAGUUAACUUCUCAUCCCACCAGAGCCCAGGGUCCUCCAACGCCAACACCCUAACCACAACCAAAACGAACAAUCACCAAAAUGCCCCGCCGCGCCCCCCGCGACUACUACUCUGAAGAAGAAGAAAUCUAUGAAGCUCCCCGCCGCCAAAAACGCCCAACCGCCCGUGCCCCCGCCGCCGAUGAUGAAGAAUACUACGUCCGCAAGCGCGGCAAAAGCAAAUCCCGCAUCCCCGUCGCUGCGCCUCCACCUGUAGAAGAGUUCGAGCGUCUUCACGUGCGGGACAGAGCGCCUGCUCAGCCGCAGCCGCCUGUGCCGCCUCCUAUGCCGUUGGGGGUGAGGUAUGGGCCCGCGAUGGAUAUGGAGGGGUUUGCAUUUCGGAGGGGGAAGGGGGACGUGGGAGAGAAGAAGGGGAAGAAGGGGAGGAAGAGUAAGAGUGUGCCUGUUUCAGAGGAGUCGGAGGAGUCGGAGGAUGAUGAGGUUAGGGUGAAGCAUGUUAAGAGGCCGAAGUCGAAGUCAAGGAAUCGGCGGAGGGAGAUUGUGGAAGAUGACGAGGUGGUUUACAAGGAGAAGAAGGGUGGGAAGAAGGCCAAGGGGAAGAAGGAGAAGUACAUUGAGGCCAGUGAGACGGAAUCCUCUUCUGAGGAAGAGGAGGAAUAUGCUGUUCCUGUGCGGAGGGGUGGUCGGCCUAUGGUCGCGCCUGUGCCCGUGCCUGUGCCUGUGCCUAUUGAUGACGAGGAUAGUAGUGAAGAAGAAGUCGUGCACAGGCGCAAGAAGAAGGGCAAGAUGCCCGUUGAGCCUGAAUAUGAACGGGCUUCUCGCAAGGUCAGCAAGCGUGGAAAGGAGACUGUUCGCUAUCCGUCGGUCCCGAAGAUGAAGUCCCACCGUCGCGACGAGACUGAAAGCGAGACGGAUACAGAGUCUGAGAGCGAGACCACCAGUGACGACAGUGACGGCGAGAUCGUUGUCCGUAAGAGCGAGCGAAGGGGACGCAGCAAGGGCAACAAGGCCAAACACCGUAAGGAUGAUUCGUCUGGGUCUCCGAAUCUUAGAGCGCCUUCGGUAUCUCGCAAGAGACAACAAAAGUUCAUUGACACUGAGUAUGAAAUGGUCAAGCCAACCCGCGCACAAAGUCCUGACUUCCCUCGGUCAAAGAGUAAGAAGGGCGGCCGCUCCAAGGAUGACAUGUUCAUCGAACCUUUUGACCCUUACGCCAACUGGCCACCAGCCGAGACCUCCAGCAAGAAAAAGAAAUCCAAGGUCAAGGCCAUCCAACCCAGAGCUCGAUCUGCCGACAGGGACGUAUCGCGGGAACAUGGCCGCCGUAUGAAGGACGCCCGCAAUGCCCGAGAUGACCUGGAAGUGGACCUAUACAAUCGCCGAAAGACCCACUAUCCUGCCGCCGACUUUGUACCUCCCAAGGCCGGGGCCCUCGUCGCUCCUAAAUCGCGACGUGGGAGAGGUACCAGCAUGAGUGAAAUGGGCUGGCCGCAGCCCGCAGGUCGCAAGCUUAAAUAUCUCCCUGAGGAGAGCUCUUCCGAGGAAUCGUCCGAGGAUGAGAAGGCAACUCCAUACCUCGGGACGAAACCAAAACACCAAGCCCCAAUGCAAAAAGACCGGCUCUGGACCGAAAUCACCAAGGACCUCGUGGUGCGAGAAGCGAUUGAACGGGCUGGGUAUGAGUAUGAAGAGACGGACCAGUUCUACUACAUCUUCGCCUACCUUCAUUAUGAGGAUGUCUCCGGCCUCGUCGAUAUGUCUGAAGAAAUCCGACAGGCACGGCGUCAAAGGAUUCACGAAAUCGGCCGUGAGCACGCUGGGUAUGCCCUUCCCCCGGCACCGGCGGCACCACCCCCGGUUUUUAGUAAGUAUGGCCAGCCCGUGAUGGAACAGCCUCGACCGUGGCCGUAUAGCGGCCACGGAGUGGCCCAGCCCCAGGAAACGGUAUAUGAGGACAGUCGCUGGCGACUGCCGCGGAUGGGACGGUGGUAGAUGAAUUUAUGAUGUUUGUUGAAAAAUUGAUGAGAUAUGACAGUUUUACAUUGAAUGGAUUCUUUGCUUUUAUUCCAUUCAGGAUAGCGGUGCACCGUCUGUAAACGGCAAAAGGUAGAUGACUCGGUGAACGAUACAACUGGAAACUAUUGGAUCCAUCCCUGUAAAUACAUGCAUAAAGUAGUGGCAAACGGGGGUCUCAGACUGAGAAAAAGAAUAGAAAAGUGAAUUGAAAGAAAUACACACAUACAGUGUGCUAUUCAUGUCUGAAAC